UUUAAUUUUUUUUUGAUUUUGCCCUUCAUCCCUCUCCCUUCUUCUUCUCCAUCGCUUCCGGUGCGGCAGCUAAAGUGAACCGCUAUGCAACCUGUAAGUUGCAGAGUGGCAAUGAUUUUGAUAGGCAAUGGCGACUACACAGUUGUCGGUGGAAAAUUCGACCCUCUUUCCUUCUUCUCAACCCAGAACUCGCCUCUCUCUGCGACAAACAUUCUCGGAAGAUGAUGAUGCCGGUGGUAAUUUUCUGUUCACCGAAGAUGAAGGAAGGAAAAGCAGAGGAAGAAGGAGAAAGAGAAGAAAACUUGGCCGUCUGUAUCCGAGUAAGUGGAGGGGUCUGCCGCUGCUGCAACUUGCAGGAGAUGGAAUGGGGGAGAAGGAGAGAGAGAACGAAGGGGGAGGAAGAGAGAAAGAGAGGGAGGGGGCCAUUCGCCGGUGGCUGCUGUCGCCUGCGACGGCUGGAUUCCGGGUUUGCAGGCUGCACAACCGUUCUCGUUGGCAUGUCGCCUUGCUUGAACUACAUUACUGGAAACUCAUCAACCCCAUCUUCCUCAUGCUGCUUGCAGCUUGCUAGUGUUGUAAAAUCGAAUCCACGGUGCCUGUGCGACGUCCUUAAUGGUGGCGUCUCAUCACUGGGAAUCCAAAUUAACCAAACUCAGGCCUUGACUCUCCCCAAUGCUUGCAAUGUCCAAACUCUGCCGGUUAGUGCAUGCAACAGUAACUCAUUUUGGGUUGUUUCCCCAACUGCAUCACCAGCAGGGACGCCAGAUACCAAGACCACACCAGCAGUUCCAGCUGCAAACCCAGAAUCCAAAGCUACACCAGAAGGGCUCGUCGCAGGCACAGCCAUCGCAGGCGACGGCAGCCACCGGCGAAGGGGACGAAGGGGAAAAAGAGCAGCGAGCAAAAUAACCGCCAUUGCCUCCGUUCUCAGUUCGAGUUGCAGCGGCAGCGGCGGCGAUGCAACUCGAACCAUUGAUAACAUUGCUACCUUUGUUGCGUACAUAUUCAGCGACCUCCUUCUUCUUCUCUGUCCGAACCCAGAACAGAGCAGCGACGGAUUUUGGGUUUGCUAGAUCCAAAUCAAAGCACUUUCUCUGUUUCACCUCUCCGUGGUUCCCCUGAACUGUAGUCUGACCUUUCUACCUUACUUUUUCUCCACUUCACCUAAUUGAACUCUCCCUUCUCUAUUUCCUGUACAAAAUUCUCCCUUCUCCACUUUCCCCUUGGGCCAUUUUUCUGGAACGAACUGUUCCUUUCUCCAUCUCCUCCUUCCUCCAUCUAUCAGGAACUAACUCUCCCUUCUCAGCUUCUCUUUUUUUUUUUUUUUUUCAAUUUAUCUGAAACAAACUCACCGUUCUCCAACUCUGCUUUCGGGCCCUUCGUUAAACACAAUUCUCCGUCCUCCAUUUCAUCCUUUGGCAGAGUUGGAAUCUCGUCCUCGAUUUCAACCGUGGGUGGCUUUCUGGGUUCUCCUUGAAGAUUUAAGAUCUGGGUUCUCCUUGCAGAUCUCAGAUGGACGGUGAGUACCUACAUUGAAGCGGCGGACGGUGGGCUAGAUCUCAGAUCUGGGUUAUCCUUGCAUAUUUGAGAUCUCCAACCUUUCUCACCGUCGCACUGCCUUCCGGAAAUUGCAAUGUAAGGGUAGAAGUUUUUCAGGGAGAGAGAGGGAGCACGAAUAUUAAAGCUGCUAUUUGAUUCAAAAAUUGGUUUGUAUCAGGUAUAUACCAAGACCUCUGCAACUUCCACCAGAAAACCAGGGCCUCGUUGGUAUCAAGUAAAGCUUUGAAAAAGCUUGGAAAUCGGGUUUUUUA